AUGCACGGACUACCUUGCUCCUCUCUGGGCCACUGUUUUGGUAAUCCAUCUGAUGUUAACACUGAUCCAGUACCUGCUCAGGAGCCAAGCAACUCCAGGCAAAGCAGAAAUAGCCACAGACUUCCAGCAUCAGACCCAAUUGUAUCCCAACCAGAAGCCUUACCAUGCAGCCCACAGGAGCAGCAGCACAAACCGUCCCAGAGGACGGUCAGCUGUAUCUCCGAACACUCCACCAGAACCAUGAAAGUAAACGGUACCAACUCAAACUCCAUCCGCCGCCUGCAGGACACAGAUGACGAACCAUGCUUUGAGUCACCUCCGGCCUGCCGUAGCCUCUCCCAGAGCUCAGAGGAUGAUGAGCUAGAGGUGGAGUUUAGUCCUGAGCUGGAGCUGAAUUACCCUCAAAUUCCUAGACCCUCCAUUAUAAUCAGACAACCUAAGGAAUCAGAAUUCCAGGAAACUGCGUCUGACAGGUCGGAUGGUAGGGAGACAGAGGAUGGAGGGUUAUCAGUUUGUGUUCGCUCACCUUGCCAGGAUGUCUGGGAGGAGCUGAGUGCUGGCGGUUACCGUGGCAAUGAGUCUUGGGGCAAAGCACAGGGAGGGGUUCAGGGCUACAAAUGGGAUACUGUGAAAAACAAAUCCUGGCACACUCAUGGUGGAGUGGGUGUGGUCAGCCAUGUGUUCACAACCAAUGACAGUCGGCGGCCCAACCCCACUCUGUGCGGAGCUCUGGAUGGUCUGCUCUGUUUGUGCCUGUAUCCUGGAGGAGGACAGUGGGGUCAGAUGGUGAAGCAGGCCACCAGCUGCUCUCCUCGCCUUCAUUUUGUCUCUGUCUUUGGAGGCUGUAGCAGGAAGAAGGCCGCCGUUGACUCAUGA